GUCUGUAGUUAGGAUUGUGAAAGAGCCUAUGUUAGUCCUGCAGCAAUGUCUGACUGGAAACAAAUGACGAAUAAUGAGCUGGAGAAACAGUAUUCACCCAGCCAGUGGUCCCUCAGGAUGUCCGCCGAUGACGUGAUUAAAGCCCAUGUGGCUGCGCUGAAAUCAGGUACAGAGACAGCUCGGGCUGUUACUCAGCAUAUUCUGGAUAUUCCUUAUGGAGAGAGAGAUGAAGAGAAAUUGGAUGUGUACAUGCCUGUUAGUUCCUCCCCAGAUGUUCCUCUAGUUAUCUACAUCCAUGGUGGUUACUGGCAGUUCCUGAGCAAGGAGGAGUCAGGUUUCAUGGCUGUACCGUUGGCCCAGAAGGGUGUUGUGGUGGUCGCUGUUGAUUACAGCAUUGCCCCAAAAGGUAAUAUGGAUCUGAUGGUAUCUCAGGUGCGCAGGAGUUUGGUCGCUGUCAUUCAGCAGUAUUCACACAUCAGUGGGCUGUACAUCUGCGGUCAUUCUGCAGGUGCACAUCUGGCAGCCAUGGUUCUCUCUACUGAUUGGUCAGAGUAUGGUAUAUCACCUCAAAUCAAAGGAGCGUUCCUUGUUAGCGGCAUUUAUGACCUGCUGCCCAUUCUCUCCACAUACGUGAACGAACCACUGAAUAUGACAGAAGAAGUGGCUCUUAGGAACAGCCCCAAUCGAUUUAUUUCUCAGCUUAAAUUGUCCUCAUUGGGCUGCGACAUUGUUGUAGCCGUGGCACAAAAUGACUCCCCUGAGUUCCGGAAGCAGUCGGAAGAUUACUUUAAGUCUUUGCAAGCUGCCGGAGUUAAGGUUACCCUUGAAGACAUACCUGAUACAGAUCAUUUCAACAUCAUUGAGCAGCUUGUGGAUGAAAAUUACUACCUCACACAGCUCCUAUUGAAGAUGAUGGGAAAAAGCUGAGGAGAUGCCUCUAGUCAUCAAAAAUCAUCCCUGAUGCACUUUUGUUUCCUGCACUGUUGUCUCAGUAUAUGCCAGAAUGAUCAUUUUAACUAUUUCUAACUACUUUAUAUUUUUAUUUCUGGUUAACUUUAUCAUGAAGUAACAGGGUAUUUGCACAUCAGCCUAUUCAAUCUAACUACCUGUGUAAGCAAGUUCGGUGUACAGUCUUCUGUACUGUAUAUUCUGGCUGUGACUAGUUUUACUGUGAAUUUAUGUAUUUGAAAUGUUUUUGUUCAGAUGUCACCUAAUCAAAUCCUUAUCUCACGGUUAAUACCGUCUGCUGCUGUGUGUUGCAGAGUAAUGUAGCAAAUUCUUUGAUCUAUAUAAAAGAAUAAUCCAUAUCCAGCUUGGAACUGCUAGACAUCCCCGAAAUUCAGUUUAAACACGAGUUAACAUCAGAUUAUCCUUUUGAGAGAAUAUGGAUUAGUUGUCAAGGUCUAGUUUUCGAACGUAAUAAAAGUGUUGUUAAUUUGGAGAAUGUAGGUUUUAUGCGUACAGUACAAAUAAUUACUGUAAUAAAAAUCUGUUUCAAACAUCUUA